AUGUUCUCAGAAGGCCGAGAAGAUGUGAACGACGAAGAGCGUGCCGGACGCCCGAGCACUUCAACAACAGACGAAAAAAUUAAUGAAGUGGAGAAAAUGGUAUUGGCCAAUCGUCGAAUCACCGUUAGAGAAGUUGCUGAGGACCUAAACAUAUCGAUUGGCUCGUGCCAUUCGAUUUUUAUCAAUGAUUUGGGCAUGAGACGGGUCGCCGCGAAAUUCGUACCAAAAUUGCUCAAUUGUGACCAAAAACAGCAUCGCAUGAACAUUGCUAAUGAGAUGUUAAAUUCUGUCCGCGACGACCCAAAUUUGCUCCAGAGGGUCAUAACUGGUGACGAAUCGUGGGUUUAUGGUUAUGACGUGGAAACCAAAGCUCAAUCAUCUCAAUGGAAGCUGCCGCACGAACCAAGACCGAAAAAAGCGCGCCAAACAUAA